AUGCGCAUUUUCUAUAUUACUUCGCCCAGCCGGCUAAUAAGAACGCCCAACGUAGGUCACACCCACGACCCUGAGAUAUCAGCACUGGUACUAUCACCGCCAGCGUCUCUGCAGGAGUUCCAUUCGGAAACCGAAGUCUUUGACGGGAUCCGUGGCGUCCUUGCCGCCAAACCCGAUGUCCCUCUGUUCGAGCUUCAGGUUAUUUUGUCAUACCACCAGGCAUUGAUGGACAGUCGCAAACGCUUCGCCAGCAUGCGAACAUGUCUUAUUGCCAUCAACCGCGACAAGAAAACCCCUCAUGUUGGGGGCAUUCCCAUUCUGCAAUUUACCAUUCCGGGCAAGCUGACAUUUGUCUUCAACUCGUCAACAACAGAACAACAAAAAAAAGACGUCACCGAGAGUUAUGAGCAAUUGCCGCCGGGAACAACGGUUUUAAAAUGUUGCCGUUUAAUGUCGAUGUACCCUCCACAUUUUGCUGAACCUAUAUUAAAAAAAGAGUCUGAAAUCAUAAACAAAAAGGACGUCUCUCAUCUACCAAUUAAAGCGGCUCCAAAUGAUUUAUCCGAUUCCAUAUUCUAUGGUGUUCUUAAAAAUAAACUUUUAAAAUAUAUAACUAAGAAGGGUAAUGGAAGUUUAGCUAAACAGCUUUUAACUGAUACAUUGGAAACUAUUAAACGGACACAAAUUGAACGGUUGAACCUUAACAAUGCCGAAAAGGAGAAUGUUAUUAUUGAUACCGAGAGAAUUUUAAUAAAUGCAAUUGAAAACUCUCGACCAUUACUCCAGUUGUCAGAAAUAAAAAGAGGUGGAGUAAAGUAUCAAGUCCCCAUACCUUUGACGGAGAAAAAAUCUUAUUUUCUUGCUAUGAAGUGGCUCUUGGAUGCAGCACGUGAAAAAGAUCGUAAAGUUCAUCUGCCAGAUAAACUUGCCUGGGAAAUAUUGGACGCUGCGCAUGGACAGGGCCGAGUAAUUAAAAAAAAGGACGAUUUGCAUAGACAAUGCGAAAGUAAUCGAGCUUAUGCCCAUUAUAGAUGGAGUUAAAAACCAACGAUUUUUGUGAACAAAAA